AUGUACCAAAGCCAGUUGCUGGAACUUCAUCAAAGACUAUUGUAUGCUGAAAAGGAAAAUAAAAAAAGAUCACACGAACUGAGCAGCGCCCUAGAUGAAAUUAAACGUGUAGUUGCAAAAAGAAUGAACUUGACAAAUCAUACAGAUGGUAUGAAGUGGCAAGUGUUAAACUUCACCAGAAAACUCCCCGUGCAUCUUACAAACAUGUACUACUAUCUACCUCACCUUCGAGAAUAUGAAGAUGCCAUUUUCCCAAAUGUUAUUUUUGGGCAACAGAGAACUGGAGUCUCACUGGUGAUGGGUAUUCCUACUGUGAAAAGGGAAAAACAACAUUAUCUGAUUAAUACGCUGCAUUCUCUACUGUACGAACUUUCUGAAGAGCAAAAGAACGACUGCAUAAUAAUCAUCUUUGUAGGAGAGGUGAAUGCAGAAUAUGUUAGCAGUGUUGCAGAAAGUGUUAAAACCAGCUUCCCCAAAGAAAUCCAGUCUGGAGUCCUAGAGGUUAUUUCUCCUCCUGCUUCUUAUUAUCCAGAACUUUCCAACCUGAAGAAAACAUUUGGGGAUUCAGAGGACAGAGUAAGGUGGAGAACUAAACAGAAUUUGGAUUAUAGCUUUUUAAUGCUAUAUGCCCAACCUAAGGGAACAUUUUAUUUACAGCUGGAAGAUGAUAUUAUAGCCAAACCUGAUUACAUUCAAAGUAUAAAAAACUUUGCUGCUGAACAGUCCCAAGAGUGGAUGAUUCUCGAGUUCUCCCAGCUUGGAUUUAUUGGAAAAUUGUUUAAAUCAGGAGACCUGCCACUCAUAGUGGAAUUUUUUCUCAUGUUCUAUAAAGAUAAGCCCAUAGACUGGCUUAUAGACCACCUGCUCUGGGUUAAAGUGUGCAAUCCAGAAAAGGAUGCAAUACACUGUGAAAAGGAAAAGGCAAAAUUACGUAUCCGUGCUAAACCAUCUCUGUUUCAGCAUGUGGGAAUUUAUUCUUCAUUGGCUGGGAAGAUACAGAAUUUGAAAGAUAAAGAUUUUGGCAAAAAUGUGCUACAUAAAGUACAUAAUAAUCCACCUGCAAAAGUGGAUACAAGCCUAAGAACAUACCAGCAAUAUACCUUGGAAAAAAUUUAUAAAGGAAAAGACUGUUUUUGGGCUUCAGCUCCAGUGGCAGGGGACUACAUCAGCUUCACCUUUUUAAGUCCACUAAAAGUCGAAAAGUACUUCUUCAGAAGUGGAAACAUGGAGCACCCUGGCGAUAAACUGUUUAACACUACCGUGGAAGUGUUGCCAGCUGAUGAAGUGCUAAGAAAAGAACUGGUUGACAAUGGAAGUAAAUUUAACUACCCAGCAACCAAAGACGGAUAUUUAAAAAUAGGGGCUUUUGAAAAUGGGAUUGCAGAAGGCAGUAUCAAUCAGUCAAUAGGAAAAAUACAGGCUAUUCGUUUAUCAGUCAAUUCUGAUUCUCCUGUGUGGGCAAUACUUAGUGAGGUACUUAUCAAGACAUCUGAAAACUGA